AUGGCGUCCUGGUCAAUCCCCAAAAAAGAGCUUUACUGCCUCUUCAAAGCCGUCGAGCUGAUGCUCGCUCUCGGCACAGUCACAGAUGAGCAGUAUCCAGAGCUAAAGGUGAACGUCAAUGGAUUGAAGGCUAAGCAUUCUAAAUGUCAAAUGACUCCCCUAGAGACACGGUGGCUCGGAUUUAUCCGAGCAGCGUGCCUUGCCAACAAGUGGAAGGUCGUACAUGUGCCGAGUGCAAGUAACUUGGCCGACGGUCCAUCGCGAGGUAUUCUCCCGCUCACCCCCUUUACGGUUACCUUAGCUGAUGCGCGUCAAGUGGUACAUGGUUCUCCAGUUGUUCAAUACUGCCCCGACGAAUCUAACAACGUCAAGUCCGAGCCAACCGCUAUUGUUGCUGCAAUAUCACAAGUUGAUGACGAGGACCUACUACCCGAUGGUGUGGUGCAACGGUUGCCUAUAAACUACGCCGAGAUCAAGAAGCACCAGCAGGAUGACCCAAUCUUGAAGGAGAUUCGCGCGUGGCAUGAAAAUGGUCAAAAAUGGUCUGUCAACUUCAAGUUACCUAGGAGCUUCCUCGAGAAAGAAGGGCCCUUAUACAAGAUCGAUGAUGAAAAUAGGCUAUUGUAUCGCAUCACACUCGCUGACACCAAGGGUGAGGUACAGCCUCGAAUCGCCAUUGCCCACGGUGGAUCUAACACGGACUUCAUCAACGCCAUUAUUGAUGCAGCACACAACAAGUAUUGUCAUCUCGGCUACCCUAAGCUAGCGGAGAUUAUUGGAGCUAUAUAUUAUAUACGUCAUCUCCAGGCGAUGGUCAAGAGACGGUUAUCAACGUGUGAUCCAUGUCAAAGGGUUCACGCACAGAUCAAGCACAAGCGCCGGUUCGGGCGUGUCAGAUUCAAAGGCACCGCUCCGGGCCAGGUUAUGGCUGUCGACCACAUGUUAAUGACAGAUGGCAAGACUUCCCGUCGCUCAUUUGCAUUUGUCUAUGACAGCUUCAAGAUCUGUCUCCGCUGUACUAGUAGCUCUCUGUGCUUCCAGGACAUCAAAUUCGUGACGGGCAACGCCGCUGACUGCGACACAGAGUGUUCCACGACUUACCCUGGGUCGUAUUGUAAGUAUUGGAAGACGCCGAGCACCUGCUUUGGCUCGGAUGCAUCAUGCUUCUGCGGCACGAGUGAACCGACUGAAGCUCUCCGAGGUUCGACAUCCUCUGCUGCAGUCACGGAUGAGAUUACUGAGGCUACUACAAGCGAAGGAGGUACCACAGCUGCUCCCGAAGCAACGAGUACGACUGGUUCUGAAGCUACUGUCGAUACCACAGUAGCGCCCAGUACAGCUGCUGUGACCGAUGAGGUUGCUGUCACUACUGCAGCUCCUGUCACUGGCGAAGUGACCAUCAGCACGGCAGCUGGGGAAGCUCCCGGUAGAGACAAGGAUGAUUCUGAUGCUACCACCCAGGUCGCUACUGAGACUGCGACUAUCACUACUACGAUCAGUGUUUCUGUUGUGCCUACUACUACUAUAACGUCCCCUCUCCCGGUCAGCACAGCUGCUAUGACCGAUGACGUUGUUGCUACUACUGUGGAGACGACCGAUUCCGAGACUACUCUCAGCCCGAUUGUGUAG